UUCGAAGAAAUGAUUUGAAGAAAGAUGGCAUUUACAAUUAUUCCUAUAGCCUCGGUCGUCAUUCCGGUGUUAAAUAUGACUUUGGAAGAUCUUUAAUAUUAAUUCAUGUUGCUACAGUUUAAAUUGACCUAACGGUGUUCAAUUAAUUGAAGGAUACUAUAAUGCGUGUCAUGAAUCAAAUUUAAGUUAUAAUGAUUCAUCCUGAUUAUUCUUAGCGCGUUUAAAAACGGACAAAUACAUCGACUACAACUUAUUGUUUUGUGUAAAAUUUAUUCCUGUCAUCGUGCAACUUAUGGCAAUAAACAAUUUAGGUUACACGUUUUUUUUUCUAUAAAUGAGAAUUAUUAAAGCUAAAAAAAAAGACUAUUUACAAGGAAUAUAUGUUUCUAAUGAAAUCGUAUGAUGUUGAGACGCGUUCUUUAAUGUCAACAACCUUUAGAAAAUUCGUGUAAAAAAUGCAAAAUAUUCUUACAAUGGAACGUGAGAUGUGAGAAGGUGUUUAAAUCACUGCUUUCUCAGGUGUACUGGAACGUAGAUAGUCCUGCUGUUCACCGCUUCAAGUACAAGUAUCCUAUGAUGUUUUCAUCAGGUCUUGGCUGUAAUCUUUCCUUCCCCAGUUGUCUGGGCUAUCCACGAGAUAGCGAAGAACUGAUACCAAAAAUGGCGCGUGAACCAAUUAUUCUGAAUGUUUAUGAUAUGUAUUGGAUAAAUGAAUACACUACUCCAAUCGGACUUGGAGUAUUUCAUUCAGGUGUUGAAAUAUAUGGGACAGAAUAUGCUUAUGGAGGUCAUCCAAAACCAAAGUCUGGCAUUUUUGAAAUAACUCCUAGAGUUGCAGAAGAGCUUGGUGAACAAUUUAGAUAUAGACAGUCAGUACAUAUUGGAUAUACAGAUUUUACAGAGGAAGAUGUUACCAGGAUUAUAAAUGAAUUGGGAAAGGAUUUUAGGGGAGAUCGUUAUCAUUUGAUGAAUAAAAAUUGUAAUCAUUUUAGUAGUCAGUUUACAUUGAUUCUAUGUGGUCAAGAAAUCCCUGGAUGGGUUAAUCGUUUGGCAUACUUCAGUUCGUGUGUACCAUUUUUGCAGCGUUGUCUCCCUAAAGAAUGGUUAACUCCUGAUGCCCUUCAACAUUCUUUAAAUCAAGUCAGCCAUCACGAAAGUACACCACCUUCUGAUACUUCCUUGUAACAUUUGGCUAAUAUUACCAAUGAGAAAAGUUUAGAAUAUCCUAGAAGGUACACUUUAUAGACUAUUUACGCAUCGUGACGACAAAAAAUUUUAUUACAACAGCCCCGUAUAUUGCCAGGAACUUGAUAUCCAGGCAAUUCAAAUGUCAGUCAGAGGUACAAAUUUGACAUUGUACUUCUCAAUGCAGCUGAUAAAUAUUAGUACUCAGAGAAUUGCCUUCCCUGCAAAAUGUCGUCUAACAAAUUUUCGACGACAAAAUACAGGUCACGUGUGUUCUUUGUUUAAUAGUUAUAUAACAAAUAGAUAAUUACCUACAAAUCAAAGCCAUACCUGAGACUGAGACGUUUAUUGGUCGAAAAGGUCAUAUUUCACGUAUGAUAUAAUUUAUGUUUCAUUAAAUUUUUAUAGCCGUAAAUACAUUCUUCAUUUAAAUACGAUCUCGAAUUAUAUAUUUUUUAACGAGCACGUUUAGAUUUAUCUCAGAAGAAUUUACAAAAUUAUUAUAGUCGAAAUAUCUUUUGUGAUCAUUAUCUAAAUGUUCAGGCUACUCCAUUUCUAAAACAAAUAAUGAUUUAAUAUUUUUAAUUAUUAUCAUUGUCAUUAUUAUUAUUAUAACGCUAUAUAUGUAUUUAUUCUUUUUCAAUCUUUGUAUAUCCAAUAUCCCUUUGUAUAGUUACUCAUAGUAAUCAUUGAAGAAUUCAAUCACAUCAAACAGAUUUACAAGAAAAAUUAAAGCAUUUACGUAUAAUAAUAAAAAUGAAUAUAACAUUUAUGUAUAAUCAUUUUUAUAUAAUUCUUGAAAGACAUUUAGCUUUUUCAUUACUUUUAAUGCACGUAUAAGUAGCACGCUGUUUUAUUAGAGUUAAUCAAAUUAUUCUUCAAAAUUUUUAGGUAUAAACAGAAUGUUAAAUUUUUUGUAAAAGGAUAACAGAAUUUUCCACGAUUCGAUGAUAAGAUUAAACGCAAACACAAAAAAAAAUUGUGGUUUCAGAGGCUUUUGCCAGAUUUGUAGCUGGAUGAAUUUAAUAAAAUACUGUCAAAAGAAUUACUAAUGUUACUAAAACUGUUGUUGACAUCAAAUUUAUAAUGUUAUACGUUAAGAAAGAGAAUUAACUUGUAGUAAAUUAACAAACAAACAAAAAAAAAAGGAGAAGAAAGAAAAGAAGAAGAGAUAAAUACGUGAGAAAAAAAAAUUUCAUUUCCAUUUUGUGCAUAUUGCAUUAAAAGUUAGACAUGUAAAAAUGCGUUAUAUACUAGCAUUACGUUUCUUACUUACCGCCUAAUAUUUCUACUACAAUAUUAAAUGUCCAAGAAUAUACUGACCAUGUAUUAUAUAUAUGUUCUGGAAUUAUGUAAUACUUAUAUUAACUUUCAGAGAAAUAUGUCUAAAGCGUAUGUAGUCUGAUAUAAGAACGGAUUGUAAUUUAAAAGUUCUUCAAAGAUAUAUCUCUGUAGUUUUGCGUUAAGUCAUGAAAGUUUCAUAAAUUAUUUGAGUUUCAAGACAUAUUUAUAUUAUAUACGUAUCUUAUAAGUAAAUUCUCCAUUAAAAUUAUCUCCUUUAAAUAGAAUAAAGAGAUUUAUAAAUAAUACGUACAUACGUUCAUACGUGCGUGCGUGCGUGCGUGCAUGCAUGCUACAUCUUUAUCUUGUGCACACAAUAAAUUUAAUAGACUAUAGUUUAAUGAAUCGUAUGAAACAUGCCAACAUGAAAAUUGAUUUCGUAUACGAAUAUAUCUGUAUGUAUUUGGAGGAAAAUAUUAUAUUAUUACAAAUCAUUUUUUUUGGUUGCAAAUGUUUCAUAUAUAUGAUUAUAUAAAAAGUAUUUAUUAUUAUUAAUCAUCUGUAUACUACUGAAGUUGUAAGAAAGAUUUCAUAAUACAAACAUUAACAUGGGAAAAAGUAUAUAAAAACUAUAAGUAAAUAGUAGGCUCGCCUAAAUCUUUAUAUAAAUAGUGAAAGAGUUGUAAUUAAAUAUUUCAUUGAAAAGUUUUCUUUAUAUUUAUUCUGUAUUUUGUAUAUUUGUUAUUCAUUGUCAGCAUUUUCCGCAGUAAAUAGUACGGUUUAUGUAACAUUACAUUGUGUACACGAAAUUGUGUAAUAGAAAUGUCAAUUAUAUUAAAAGCGUAACGUCCACUUCGCCUGUAAACGAGAAACAUAUGUCAAAUGAAAAAAUUCUUCGGUUGUGCUACCUUAUUCACUUAAUAAUAAUAUGAAAAGUAAUGUUACAAGAACCUACACAAAAAAAGACUUGGUUCUAUACUUUUACACAUUUUUUAAAGCAGUUAGAAAAUAUACGGUGUAGUCUGUGAUAGAUAUAUGAAAGAACUAUAAUAUACGUAUAAAAAGAACACCACACAUAAUUUACAUAAGCUUAUAACAUAUAAAAAAAAAUAAAAAGAAUGCAAUUGAUACAA